GAUGCUCAGGUCACAGUUCCCGGCGCGCAGUCGCAGCUGCCUCUCUCUCCUGCCCCCGCCUGGAGUCCGACGUGGAAGUUGCUGGCUGACUGGGCUAGCGAGGAAAUCGCUUCGAAGCCGCAGCCGGAGGUCAAGGAAUCACUGAGGAUCGGCGAGGGCGGACAGGGGGUUCAUCAUGGGUGGCUUUUUCUCAAGUAUAUUUUCCAGUCUGUUUGGAACUCGGGAAAUGAGGAUUUUAAUUUUGGGAUUAGAUGGAGCAGGAAAAACCACAAUUUUGUACAGAUUACAAGUUGGAGAAGUCGUUACUACUAUACCUACCAUUGGAUUUAAUGUAGAGACGGUGACAUACAAAAACCUUAAAUUCCAAGUCUGGGAUUUAGGAGGACAGACGAGUAUCAGGCCAUACUGGAGAUGUUACUAUUCAAACACAGAUGCAGUCAUUUAUGUAGUAGACAGUUGUGACCGAGACCGAAUUGGCAUUUCCAAAUCAGAGUUAGUUGCCAUGUUGGAGGAAGAAGAGCUGAGAAAAGCCAUUUUAGUGGUGUUUGCAAAUAAACAGGACAUGGAACAGGCCAUGACUCCUUCAGAGAUGGCAAAUUCACUUGGGCUACCUGCCUUGAAGGACCGAAAAUGGCAGAUAUUCAAAACGUCAGCAACCAAAGGCACUGGCCUUGAUGAGGCAAUGGAAUGGUUAGUUGAAACACUAAAAAGCAGACAGUAAUUCAGUCCAUUCUUCUCCCCUGAAAUGAAGACUGCAUCACCUCUGUUCCCUUUGGAAACAGUCAAGUGUACUUCACACUACUAGAUGUUAAAACUAUAUGAUUGUUGGCAUAUACUGACUGACUGCAAUGUUUGUAGUAAAUAAGGAAAAGAAGUAUUUGGUUAGAGGGGUAACUCGAUUGAAUCACCUGAAUGUUCUAUGUAAUGUAAAAUAUUCUUUCCUUGCUUUCUUGUGUUAAGGUAUAUAGUCUAUUUGUAUGGAAUUCUUAUUCAAAUACAGUUCUAUUAAAGAAUGUACUCCUAUUGGAUGAAAAAAACCU